AAUCUUUGGUAUCAGCUGACAACCAAAGCAAAAACAGUCGGUGCGCGACCAUCUUGUCAAAAGUGGAGUCGGUGACAACAAAUACAUAUUAUAAAAUGUCCUAAAUUGCUCGUAAUGACAUAAGUCCCAGUUUUCAUUUAAUAAAGUAUUGUGUUUAUUUGAUGUUGGUGUUGUUUUCCAAGCGGUUAUUAUACAUUUUGCUCAAUAUUUUCGGGUUUGUGUUGCGUCUAAUGACGUCAUGUAUGUGAUUAUUCUACACGUAUCGCGGCUGACGAGUCCAUAGUGACAAUGCAAGAGCAGGACGGAGAUGGCGAGCCGGCGCACCACGCGCGUCGCCCUAUGAACGCUUUCCUCAUAUUCUGCAAACGUCACCGGAGCGUCGUCCGCGACAAAUAUCCAAAUCUAGAGAAUAGGUCAAUAACAAAAAUUCUAGGAGAAUGGUGGGCUAACUUGGACAAAGAAGAGAAAGCUUGCUAUACAGGUCUUGCUAAACAGUACAAAGACGCCUUCUUCAGUGCCAACCCUGACUUCAAGUGGUACAAGUUACCGGCUCCACCUUUACGAACACUGUCGUCUCGGCCUAGAGAGAUAAAUGAAAAACAAAAUGAAUCCCCCAGCACUGAAGUAAAUGAAUCUGAGCUAGAAAGGAUCAAUAAUAAUUCCACUAAAGUAGACUUAAACAAAAAUACAAAUGAAGACCAUAUCUAUGAAAAUGAAACAAAGCAACUAUCUAUGUUUACUCCUGGAAAACUCGCUGAUGAAGCCCAAAUGGGAGGAUUAAGCAGCCUCCUCGCCACAAAGACUGAAACUCGUACUCCAAAUCCUUUUUAUUCACCUCCAUCAAAUAAAUUUAACUCGAUCUCAACCCCAAACGAAUUCAGAUCUCACCAUAUCGCAGAACAACCUAAUGUCUCAAGGGAACAGAGCAUACUUGAACUACAAAAUGCUCUUAACGAGACCACAAGAAUCUUCGAGGAGGACUUCGAAGAAAAAAAGGGAAUUUAUCAUCAGUAUCAUAGCAUACCGAAUGAUCGAUUCACCAAUCAAGAUGUGAUAGACCAAAUUGUCGAUAAGAGAUACUCUAAGGAUGAAGAGUAUGGUUAUCAAAGAAAUUGGUCAGAUGACGAGAAAAAUUCCAGAUCUGGGAGGUCGUGCAAAGGGAAACGUUACCAGGAGUUUAUGGCCGUUGGGGGAUUAAUAGUAAAUAAAAGGCAAAGACGAGAAAAUUCUGACAAAAUGCCAGAUGAAAGCCACAGUCCAUCGUGUAGUUGGGAAACUGGCAACUCCGUGAAGAGUGAAGAAUCAACCAUUACCGAUGAAACAAAACUAGACACUUCUUUUAACGAGAGUCCAAUCGAAACCGAAUACAAGAACGACAUCACGGAUGCACCCGAAGCAGACAAUAAUUCAAACAAAACAUUCAAGGCUGCUGACUUCGAUUUAGAUGCUAAAAUUAGAGCUUUGCCUUCACUUAGUUUAGAGAAAUUCCAGCAAAAGAAACGCGAGAAUAAGCGCAAGAAAAAAACGGUGAACCUUAAGCCGAAACUGAUCGAGUCCCCGCAAAUAGUCAACUCAGUUCCUAGAUCAAUUUAUGACAUACGUCGUGAAAUGGCUGAAAGUUGGCGGGAAACAGUUAUCGGCAGUCAAAAGCGUAAACCGAGGAAAGUAAGUAUAACUCGAUUUGAAUUGAAGAGUAUAUAUUCUAGUGUUGAUACCAGCGAUUCGCAAAAGAUUAGCCCCGAAAUUAAAAUUGCUACUGAAGCUCCUUGCACAGUGGUCCAAAAUAUGGAGAUAUGUAAACAACCGCAACACAGUAGCGUCGACUUGCUGGCACUUGCCACUCUAGCCGAGGUUGCGGCCAACAAAUCUAAAAUAGAAGGUUCAUUUAUUACGGAGACCAUGACCGCCAAAGCAAGCGAUGAAAACGCUUCCAUGGUAUAAAAUACCAAUAAAGCUAGCCUUAAAAUUCCAAAUAUUAUUUACUUUUUAAUCAGAUAAUAUUUAUAUAUAUUAUUAUAGAUAGAUCUACUUUUUACAUGUACGCAUAAAGAAAUAAUUUUAUUGUACACCUAAUGGUAGUUUUUAUAACAUAGAAAUAGAUUUUAUUUAUAUCUAAAUAGAGAUAUAUGUAUACUUUUAUAGUUAAGUCGGUCGUAGGCUGCUGCAUUCUGCUUUAUUAGGAUUAGAAAAGAUAUAAUGGUGAUAGUUACAAUACAUAACAUCACAAAAAAUAACAAAAAGGCAUAAUGUAAUUAAUAUUUUAAGUAUAUCGAGUAAAUUCUUACCAUAAUAAAGAGAAAGACGUUGAUUUAUAUUAAAAAAAAUCCUCAUAACUCGCAACACGAAUAUGCCAAAACAUGCCGUUAUUUCGAUUAGCGGAGUAACAAAUCAUAACCUCAUUUUGUGUAAAGUUAGAUAUUUAUGUCGCCUUUUAUUAUUAAAUAAUUAACACAAACACUAAAACACCACGUGCAUAGACUGCAUUGCAUUUUAAAGUUUGAUUAUCAUAUUCAUACUUUUAACUGAAAAUGUUCUGCAAAACAUAGUUUUGUAUAAUUAUUUUACAUAAUGCAUGUAGCAAAGACUUACGUAUGUAUAGCAUGGCAACACUGUUAAAGAAUUUGAAAAUAGAGAUGUACUAAAUCCUGGUUAACAGUUACAUUUAUGUAAAGAUUACCUUGUGAUUUUUAAUCGUUUCAUUUUCAGUUACAAUAGUUUAAAAUAAAAUGUACUAUAAAUGUAAUAAUUAUUCUGGAUAGCAUUUUAAACGUUACCGUUUGAAAAUAGGUUUACGGAAAAUCAAAAUUGGUGCCUUUAUAAAAUUUAUUAUUAGAAUUUUGCAAAACUCUCUUCGUUUAAUAAUGUUGCUAUACUACAAAUAUGUUUGAAAGUAAAAUUGGAGUAACAAAUACAUAAUUAUUUUAGUCGCUAGUGUUUUAGUAAAAAAAAACGCCUAUAUUGUUUUUCGCUAUACUUCAAAGCGGGUUAAACUCGCGUUUUGUUUCCCUUUGUGAUAAAAAAAAAACAAAUACUAAAUAAUAAUAAACUAAAUGUUUUGUUUUGAUUUUUCGAAUGUGUUGUUACAUUAUAAAAGUUUUUCAUCUGUCAUUAAAUUCUGUACGUAACUAUAGAAAAUAAAAAUAAAAAUUCCUCAUCAAAUGUUCAGCGAUGCAAUUCUGUUAUAAUUCAACGAUGAGCACAUCGCUGUCACAGUAAAGAGGUUCAAUCAAGUAAAACCUACAUCAAAACUCAAUUGAAGUUUUUUUUUUUAAUAUCUAUGCUGUAAUAGCUCUACGAUCGUACGAGGAACUUAUUUUAUUACAGAACACCAUAGCUGGUUUAGAUUAUAUUAAUGAUCUUUAUCCCUAUUAGGUACCUGAUAUUUAUCAGAGAUAUUCAUGAAUUUAUAAUGUUUUCAAUAAUACACCGUUGUCAACAUUUUAUUUAAUUAUAUGGAGCAGUGUUUCUCAAAUUUGUUGUUUUACAUAUUUAUAUGAUAAAGUGUUUCUGUGAUUUAAUUCUUCUUCGUUGGGGGUUGACGGUGUGCUUUCGUUCCAGGUCUAGUCUAGUUAGUAGUGAUUUAUUAAAUGAUCAAGUACUAAAUUUGAAAAGUGCACUUAUAUUUUUUAAAGUUACAAAAGAUGACACAAGCCAUAAUGUGACAUGCUCAUCCAAAGACCAAAUGUAUCUAGAAUAGAAAUGCUAGAUUGUAGAUAUUGUAUAUUUAUUAAGUAAUUAUAGUAUAUAUAUACACAUAGAUUAAUAUGUAUCACAAUAUAUUUUAACAACUGGCUAAUAGUUAUGGCAUUCCAAAGUGUCAAAAUUUUUAAAAUUAUUAUUUCAUUAUUUAGCAUUAUUUUUUGUUUGUUUUUUAUUGUUCUCUCCAGAAAGAGCCUUUAAAUUUCGUUGUUGAUUUUGUGUAAUAUUUUAUCGAUUGUUACGUUUUAAUUAUGAGAUGAGCUUAGGUGGUUCCUAUAUAUUAUACUGAUGGAUUAAAAUAUAAAAUUUGCAAUCAAUAACAAAGGAAUUUCAACAAUUACCGGCGUUCUUAUGAGAUAUAUACAUACAUGUUUUUUGCCUUGUCGAUAAAAUAGCCUUACUUGUAUUAUAAAUCAAUUUUAGAGUUAAGGCAAAUCGAAAUGGGGCCAGUUUGUCGGGAUAUUGUCAUUUGAAACAACGUAUUUGUAUGUGAAUUGAAAUGGAUUCUAUUAGAUUUGAAAUUCUCUGUUUAAAAAUCUAUAAAAACUGAUAUGUACGCAAACAAAUAUAAUCCUGUAGAAUCCAUUUUUUUGUAAUGGUGCUGGAAGAUCUGUAUUAAAUUAUUUAGGAUGCAACCUUCAUUGUAAAACAUGUUCUAAGUAACAAUGGAUGGUUUGUUAAGUAGGUAGAUAACAGAAAGAAUUUUAUCGAUAUUAAUUUUAAGUCGCGUUAAUCAUUUUGUGCUGUGAAAUGGUUUAUGAUAAGUAAAGAUAAGAAUAAAAAAGAUGAAUGAUUUUUGGAUGCAAUUUAUAGCGCAAAAUGAUGAAACUAAGUUAAUUAUGGGUAUAGAAAUAUCACUGCGUCGUUUGAGAAACACUGGUCUAAAAUGUAGAUUAUUUAAGUAAUAAAUAAGUCGGCACCCAAAGUGUUUACCUGUUUUGGUUCCAAAGUAAGCAUAUUGUUGAAUGUUUUGUUACAUACGAGCGCGGUUCAAUAUAUAUCCUUUUAUUGUAGAAUAAUAAAGUUUAUUAUUAACAAUGUUUUUAU